UACUAGCAGACAGAAGUGACAAGGAGGCACCUUUACGUAAUACAAUUAAUGGAGAGCGAUGUGAGCGGGACUUAAUUGUGCUCGUCUCUAUUUACAGAGCAAGGACUGUGUAGGCUAGGAACAGCAGGUUUUUUUUUUUUUUUUACCUCAAACACUGAACAGACAGCUAGAAGACCAGGAGGAGCAAUUAGCUGAAUUUGACUAAAAGUGUAUGGGAUUAAAAUCGCGAACUGGACCUUUAAGUGAACAAUGAAGGAACACCCACUUUUCCAAGUUUCCAUGACCCGGAUGUAGUUGUAGUAGCGAAUAGCUCCAGAACGAGGCCCAAUGCAAUCAAGUAGGAGUUGCUGUGCGAUCGAGCGAUUUACAAGGCAGGACGGACUACAAGAUUAACUUGAAUACGUUUGGGUACUAUUUACAAACACAGUAACAUUAGCGGAUAUUUGCGGCCAGUUGGUUACAAAUAGAUCACUGAAUAGACCGAGGACUGUGAGAUGGCUUUGUCGGCUGCUUGCCCAUAGAAUGGGACCUAUUUGAAGUUUUGUGUUUGUUUUUUGGCGCUCUGGGACAAGAGUGUGAGGAGUUUCAUAUGGGCUGGUAGUCCAGAAGAUAUUCAAUAACUAAUGUGAACUCGCCUGCUAACGUUUGUUGAGUUACGUCUGAUUGCAAAAAAACAUUGGAUCCGAGGAAGUUUUCCAUUUCAGUUCCAUCCAUCCUCUUGCGACGGAUAUCAUAUCGUAAGCUGGUGUAGUCGGGUUCCUGAGGGUCAUGACAUGGUGAAGGAUGACCGAGGCGAGUUUUGGGGAGGGACCCAGGAACGUUGAUGGCUGGAUGUAGAGAUCAAAUGGUCUUCUAAAGAAGCCAUGGGUAGCUGCUGUAGCUGUCCUGAUAAAGACUCCAUCCCAGACAACCAUCUAAGCAAAUUCAAGGUCAUAAAUGUGGAUGACGACGGGAACGAGCUUGGCUCCGGCGUGAUGGAGCUGACGGAGGAGGAGCUCAUCCUGCACACGCGAAAGCGGCACGCCGUCAAAUGGCCCUACCUGUGCCUGCGUCGCUAUGGUUACGACUCCAACCUCUUCUCUUUCGAGAGCGGACGCCGCUGCCAGACCGGCCAGGGUAUCUUUGCCUUUAAGUGUGCCCGGGCGGAGGAGAUCUUCAACAUGCUGCAGGACAUCAUGCACAACAACAGCAUCAGCGUGGUGGAGGAGCCGGUGCUGGAGCCCAUCCAAGCGCCCGCCGACGCCGACAUCCCUAGGACACCACGCACCCCCACCACUCCAGGUUACUCAGUGCCCACCUUGCCCAAUGGCAUCGGGCGCUACCCCUCGUUCGGCGACACCUCCUCACGCCCCUCCAGCCGACACCCCUCAGUGGGCAGCGCCCGGCUGCCCUCCGUCGGAGAAGAGUCCACACACCCCCUGCUGGUGGCGGACGAAUCGGUACAUACAUACGUGAACACAACGGGUGUCCAAGAGGACAGGCGGAGUCGAAGUAGUGUCCACGCCCCUCUGGAUCUGCGGUUGUCCAAUCCCGAGACCUUAGCGCCCUCCUCGCCCAAUGAGGCGACGGAAGGGCGUGUCCUGCUGGAGCCAGAGAGCGUUAAGUUUGUGCUGGGCCCCACCCCCGUGCAGCGGCAGCUCAUGGCCAAGGAGCGGCUGCCGGACCCGGCGGGUGAACAGGACUAUGCAGAGACUGGGGCCAACGGGGAGCUCGUAGGGGGCGGCCCUCCCUCAGCAGGGGCCCUCAAUGGCUCCGCAGUGCCCUCUUCGGGCCUGUCGGCGGACUGCGACACGGGCUACGACAGCGAAGAGCGCAAGGAGACGCCGUCAUCCUCGUCCACUGUGUCGUCGUCGACGACGAAGACCGCCGCAUCAGGGGCUAAAGCAUCGCCGUGCGAGCACCUCAACGGUACGGCCGCCGCUCCUCACCCCACUCCGGCACCCGUUCCCCCUGCCAACCCUGCCCCGACCCCAGCCCCAACCACUACUGCCAACAUCUCCACCGGUGCCCGCCGCUGCCGGCCGCCCAUCCCCACGCCCGACGCGCAGAACGCCAACAACUCGGCACAGCGGCGCACGGCCCUGCUCAACUACGAGAACUUGCCGGCGCUGCCGCCCGUCUGGGAGACCCGCAAGCCCUACUCGGAGGCCGAGGAGGAGGAGGAGGAGAACGCCUACGCGCCAAAGACUCCGUCGCUCAACAACGGCUACCACCACCACCAACAACACCACCACCACCACCACCACCACCACCAACCGCAGCACACACCCCACCCGCUUCUCCACCACGGCCUGGACCCACAGCACAACUACGUCAACACGGAAAACGUGACCAUGCCGCUCAGCGCACACAAGCCGGACUCGGCCCGCCCGCCCCGCCGGGACUGCGGCUCCGCCCAGCAGCAGCCCACCGUCUUCAACUUUGACUUUCGGCGGGGGGGGCUGGGGCCCGAGCAGCUACGGCAGCUCAACUACAUCGAGGUGGAGAUGGAGAAGGGCUCGGACUCGAGCGGGCCGCACACGCCCAAGACGCCCACCACGCCACUGCCGCAGACGCCCACGCGGCGGACGGAGCUCUACGCCAUUAUAGACAUUGAGCGCACGGCGGCCAUGUCGAGCCUGCAGAAAGCACUGCCGCGCGAUGACGGCAGCACCCGCAAGACGCGACACAAUAGUACUGACCUGCCCAUGUGAGCCCAGACCCAUCCCAACCCAACCCAAGCACUGUCUCCAGUUGCACCUUUUUUGUUUGGUUUUGUUUUCUUGUCACAUGUCUCGUUGUUUUGUCUUUAUGGUUUGUUUUUUGUACAUAUAUUUACAAGCAGAAUGAAAUUCUUAUGUCUGAAGGUGAUAGGGCUGUGUUUUUUUUUUUUAGUGACCUUCUUUAAAUAUCAGCCUUGAAAUACAAAAAAAGUAUCACACAUUAAAAGGAAAAGAAAGUUAAAAAAAACGUAGCCACGAAUGCCCCUUCCUCAGCGCUUACUGGCAGAAGUGUCUCUGUGUUCUACAAGCUGGCCUGAAAGGGAAAGCCUCACCUUAUACAAUUUGGUCCCAGUUUUGAAGCCCAACAUGGGUGAAAGCCUUGCAAAAAAAUUAUAAAACUACAACAACCACGGUACACUACAACAACAACCACGGUACACUAUAGUGCAGAUUUUCUCAUUGUAGAUUUCAUCAGGUGAUACCCUCCUUCCUUCUGUGUUGUAAUUUAAGGACCACAAGUAGGUACACUACAGUCACUUUAGUCUCCUUGGUACAGUACAUGCCAAAAUAUCAUGCCCUCUUGUACACUAUAAAAAGCUGGAAUUUUAUCUAGUUUGCUGGUUGUACUUCAGGUACUCAGAUCGAAUGGGCAUAUAUACAGUAUACAUAUGUACGUAUAUCUAUUUUCAAAGAACGACCCUUUUUGCAUGCAUGUUUGAGUCAUCCUGAAAAAAGCUCAUCGCACUCACAUCUUAAUACCUCGGUCGCAGAGAAAGUUCCCCUGGGCCGUUGGUGAUUGAGUACGGUCAAGUGUCCUUAUUGACAUUCCUGAUUGUAUAUAACAUAAAAUAAGAAUUUAAAAAAGAUUGUUUACUAUACAAGAGGCGAAGAGUUUCAUAGGAAUCUGGAUUCCGACGCGUCCUCCUGUUACGUUUGUUAUUGUAUCAUAUUGUAAAAUGUACCACAUGCUCUAACUUGCAUUAUUUUGUUUUUGGUUUUCUACCUAACUUUUUUAGAGAAUACAUAAAAAAUAUAGUAAUUGUAUGAAAGUAGUUAAAUAGAUUAUGUUUAUUAAGCCAAUAAAACAGUAGUGACAAAUUGAGACCCUUUUGCCAAAUCCUUCUUCGCGACUCGGAAAGGUCUCGGAAAAGCCGGAAUUCCUCUAGGGGCCAUCGACAGCAUUAUUAAACAUUCCAGAUUGUUCUCUGUGCGAGUCCACUUGUCCCUGUUGGGACGCGGGACUAUGCAGUGAAUGGGUGUUUUCAUCCUGGUGUUACACAUACACAAGUUAAAAAUGGACUUUUAUUGACAUUUUGAUAUUGGCUUUUUUUUCAGGUAUGGAUAUUAGUUUACCAAAUGUUUGUAUUUUUUAAAAAAGAUGAAAAGACAUUUUGUGUAUUUUGUGAUAUUUACAUCAUUACGUCAUACGCCAUCAGUGCCAACACCCUAUUUUUUGUAGCAUGGCAAAAUAAUAAUUAAAAAAGCAAAAAACCUA